AUGGAGUCAUCCAACCAAGAGAACUUCUUCGAGACGGACACGCAGCAGGCCAAGCGUCAGCAGCGCGCCAAGAAGGAGGCAAACACCUUUGGCAACCCGCUGCGCAUGCCGUCUAAGAUCCUGGCCGUCAUCCCGGACCCCAAGAAGCCGCAAACCUCCGUCCUCAUCGCCGAGUCCGGCGGCAGGGUGUCUCGCAUUGAUACCGAGACACGAACCGUCACCGCAAAGUACACCGGGCCCUCGGUCCCCGUGACAUGCCUCGCGACAGGCGGCGCCUCCAACGGCGUGCUCUUCGCCGGCAGCUGGGACAAGACAGUCUGGUCGUGGGACCUCGCCACACGGCGCCCCCUCCGCCGGUACGACGGCCACUCCGAUUUCGUCAAGGCCGUCGUCUGCGGCCGCCUCGGCGACAAGCAAAUCCUCGUCAGCGGUGGCGCCGACAAGAAGAUCAUCGUCUGGGACGUCGAUUCCGGGCGCAAGCUGCACACCCUGCAGGACCCGACGACCACCAUGAUGUCGCUGCAGCACCUCGCCGUCGACCCCGUGCUGAGCACCGCCGACGAGAUGGUCCUCGUCAGCGCGAGCAGCGACCCGCACAUCCGCCGGUGGAGGGUCACGCUGGACUCGUACUCCCAGCUACCCGUCGACGAGGCGUCCUCCGCGGACAAGGCGGCGGCGGAGGAGAAGCUCACGAUCCAGGAGCACGAGACGAGCGUGUACAAGGUGCUCUUCGACGUCACGGGCGACGAGGUCGACCUCUGGACCGCGAGCGCCGACGGGACCGCCAAGUGCCUGCUGCGCGAAAAGGCUUUUGCGGCCGAGGACGUCUUCGAGCACGGCGACUUUGUCCGCGCCAUCGCGCUGACGGGCGACUGGGUCGCCACGGGCGGGAUCAACCAGCAGAUCAAGAUCUGGGACCGGACGUCGGGGGCGCUGUACGCCGUCGUGGACGCUCACUUUGACGAGAUUACCGACUUUGUCGUCCUCCGGGACCCCACGGGGCGGUCCGACGUGCUGUGCAGCGUGGGCAUCGACUGUACGCUGCGAACGUGGCCGCUGGACCGCAAGGGGCUCGACGGGGUUGUCGAGGAGAUUCGGGCCGCAGCCGAGGCCAAGGCCGAAGACGGCCAGGAGGGGGCGAAGAAGGAAGAGGAGAAGGGCGAGGGGCUGAUGACCGCCGAGGAGGAGGCCGAGCUAGCAGCACUGAUGGAGGACGACGAUUAG